UUCCAGCUAACCCCAAACCGCUUCUCUCUUUCUCCGUCACGACUCACGAGCCACGCCCAAAAGAGUCCUGCCCCGCUAGGUUUCUUCUCUGCUGGAAGACGUGGGAAGGAAGUCUCGUGCUCUUGCUGAUCGGCACACAGCUUGGGGAUCCGCUCCCAUCAUGGCUGAGCCCACGGAGAGGACUCCCGCGGCUCCAUCACAGGCUGACGGCGUCUCGGAGGCGGCGGCGUCCCCGCCGGUGGCCUCGACGGCGAGGGGGUUUAGUUUUCUGGGGGAGGACAAGUCCGUGCACAAGGCUCUCGGUGGUGGUAAAACCGCUGAUGUUCUUUUGUGGAAAGACAAGAAGAUGUCUGCUGCAGUGAUAGGGGGUGCAACUGUCAUAUGGCUUCUGUUCGAAGUUGUCGAAUACAAUUUCCUGCCUCUGGUAUCUCACGUGCUGAUCGGUACCCUGGCAGUCGUGUUCUUGUGGUCCAAGGCCACCGCUUUUAUCAACAAGAGCCCGCCUGAUAUUCCUCAAGUACAGAUAUCUGAAGAGCUCGCUGCCAAUAUCGUGAAAGUGCUGCGCACUGACAUCAACCAAGCACUUGGCUUGCUUCGGGAGAUCGCCUUGGGGCAUGACCUGAUGAAGUUUCUAGGCGUGAUUGUCGCUCUCUGGAUUCUUUCUGAAAUUGGGAGCCUCUGUGACUUCCUGACCUUGAUAUACGCUGCGGCCUUGAUGCUCCACACGGUGCCGAUCUUGUACCACAAGUACCAGGACAAGGUGGAUCAUUUCGCCGGGAAGGCGCACGUGGAGCUCCGCAAGCAGUACGCGGUCCUCGACGCCAAGGUUCUGAGCAAGAUACCCAGAGGUCCUGUAAGAGCAGAGAAGCAGGAGUAGAACAGAAACCCAGUCGUGGAUAUAUGGCUUCUCUGCAGAUUGUGUAAUGUGAGUCUGUGGUAGAUGGCUGAUGUAGUGUGGUUUGGCCACUCGGUGUGUGUGAAGAUGUCAUGUCUAAUGUUUUCUCUGUUCGCUGACACAGAUGGUUCUACCGCCUGUUCUUGUUGCACCUGUCUAAAUGGGGUUGUAAAUCCAGAUCGUGUUA